GCAACGCCAUACCCACAUCAUUUCUACAAAUGGAAUGCUCUUUCGUUGUUAAUAUCUCCACCAAGCGCAUGGAUUUCCCUCGUUCAUUUCUCUGCUUUCUUCUCUUCUUUAUAGUCUCUCUCAACGCGGCUUUGACUGCGGAAGCAUUCACGGGGACAUAUGGAGUAAACUACGGAAGAGUAGCAGACAACUUACCUCCACCUGAAAGUGUGGUGACGCUUUUGAAAGCUGCAAAGAUAAAAAACGUUAGAAUCUAUGAUACUAAUGUAGAAGUCCUCAAAGCCUUCAACAAAUCUGGUAUUGAGAUAGUAGUUUGCAUUCCCAAUGAAAUUCUGAAAGAUAUUAGUUUAGGCGAGGAUCGUGCCAUGAAUUGGAUAAAAGACAAUGUUCAGCCAUUCCUCCCUGGAACUUCUAUACGUGGGAUUUCAAUUGGGAAUGAGGUGUUGGGGAUUCUUGGUGUGGAUUUCUGGGAGGUGUUGCUGCCUGCAGCAAAGAACAUUUACAGCGCCCUUGAUAGGUUGGAUUUGACGCGCGUUAUUCAGGUCCAAAGCCCUCAUUCAGAGGCUGUGUUUGCCACCUCCUUCCCACCAUCUUCCUGUACUUUCAGGGAUGAUGUUCUUCCAUUCAUGAAGCCACUUCUUCAGUUCUUUUCGCAGAUUGGGUCUCCAUUUCACAUAAAUGCUUAUCCAUUCCUGGCAUACAAGAGUGAUCCUGAUCAUAUUGACAUCAGAUAUGCGCUCUUCCAAUCAAACCCUGGAAUCUAUGAUGCAAAGACUAAAUUACACUACGACAACAUGUUUGAUGCACAGGUUGAUGCGGCUUAUGCUGCUCUGGAAAAGGCAGGGUUUAGCAAGAUGGAGGUCAUAGUUUCUGAAACUGGCUGGGCUUCCAAGGGAGAUGACAAUGAGGCUGGUGCCAACUUGAAGAAUGCAAGGACUUACAAUUAUAAUCUGCGCAAACGGCUGGCAAAAAAGAAGGGGACCCCUUUUAGGCCAAAGAUUUCUGUGAAGGCUUAUAUUUUUGCUUUGUUCAAUGAGAAUUUGAAGUUUGGACCAACCUCAGAGAGGAACUUUGGAUUGUUUAAAGCUGAUGGAAGCAUUGCAUAUGAUAUUGGAUUCACUGGGCUUGUGCCUUCUUCAGCUUUCUCAUCUCUUCUCUCUUUCAAGGAAAUUGGAUCAUCAUACAUACUGGUUUUAACGAGCUGUGCUGCAGCUCUGCUACUGAAUUUGUAAAAUCAUUCCCGUUAUUCCUUUUGAUGCUCAAGCAGCAGGGGGAACUUCAUGUUCUUGAAUUCAUUCAAAUUGUUGUAACAGUGUUGUUGUAUGUAUAGCCAAUUCAUUCUCUUCUUGUAUUAACACUAAUUCCUCAUGAAAUAGUUGUUUACCGAAAA